AUGUCCUCAAACAAGAAGCCUGUGAAUAAUGUUGUCCCUUUGGCCUUCUCUCAUGAUACCAAGGGUGAAUACACUCCAGAUAAUAUUCAAAGUAUGCAAAAACCACUUGCCAUGGUUAAUAAUUUAUAUACCGAUAGAAGUGGACAUAUGAGUUGUGGUGUUUGGAGCUCAACUAAAGGCAAAUGGUGGUUUGACCAAGGGGAAAACGCUGAAGAAUUUUGUGUAUUAAUUAGUGGUAAAGUUAGAAUGGUGGCUGACGGAAUUGAUGAAUUGGACGGAGGUGUGCAUGAAUUCAAAGCUGGAGAUGCAUUUAUCAUUCCAGUUGGCUUUAGAGGUACAUGGGAAACAGUGGAGGACGUGAAAAAGUUUUAUUGUGUUUUUGAAAAACAAGUAGCAAACUCGAGUGUGCAACCACAUCCAACGAGCAGUAGCGGUGCAGAACAACACGACAGCAAGCUUUAA